AUAUACACUGAUCAUCAGGGCACUGAUGAUCAGUGUGCCCCGAUGAUCAAUGUAGCCCCAGAAAUGCCAUCUGUAGUGUCCAUCAGUGCCUACCAGUGCACAUCAAUGCCACAUAUCAGUGCCUAUCUGAGUUGCCUUUCAGUGUCACCUUUCAGUGCUGCCAAUCAGUGCCACCUAUCAGUGACAUCAGUGCCACCUAUCAGUGCCGCCUAUCAGUGCCAUAUAUGAGUGCUACCUUUCAGUGCCCAUCAGUGAUGCCUGCCCGUGCCCAUCAGUGCCACCUACCAGUGCCUCCUCAUCAGUGCCCACCUAUCAGUGCCACCUAUCAGUGCAGCCUCAUUAGCACACAUCAGGGAAGGCUUA